AUGUGGAACGCUAGCUCCUUUGGUUCCUUUUGUGCACAUUUUUAUUCUCACUUGAAGUUAGAAGAUGUCUUGCACCAUGGGCAUUGGCGGUGGGAUAUUCUUUGCACAAUGAUUCCGGAAGAAGUUAAACUUGAUUUGAUGCUCUUUGAUCCUAUUAAGCAGGCAGGAGAUAAAACAGGAUUAGGAAGUUGUUCAUCCAUGUCAUCAGCCUCACUUUCAAGUAGACCCCAGCUUCAUCAUCACUACAACCUUUCAAGCAAAUUGGCCAACAAUGUGAAGAGUUCUUCUUGUGCGGUGAUGAGGAGAAAACCCGGCGGGGUUGCGGCGGUUAAGGCGGCGGCCUACUCCGCCUCCUCAUCAAUGGCGGAUCAUGGUAAUAACAAAGCCGUUUUGGGUAUAGUGUUUAAACCUUUUGAGGAAGUGAAAAAAGAGCUUCUUUCUAUACCCAAAAUGCCCCAUCAAUCUCUGGCUCGCCAAGGUUAUAGUAGUCAUUGUGAGGCUGCGCUCAAUGCACAGAUCAAUGUGGAAUAUAAUGUCUCCUACGUCUAUCAUGCCAUGUAUGCUUACUUUGACAGAGACAAUGUUGCACUCAAGGGAUUCGCCAAAUAUUUCAAGGAAUCAAGUAUGGAGGAACGACAGCACGCUGAGAUCAUGAUGGAAUACCAGAAUAAAAGAGGAGGCAGGGUGAAGCUGGAGUCAAUGCUGAUGCCAUUUACAGAGUUUGAUCAUGCAGAAAAGGGUGACGCAUUAAAUGCAAUGGAACUUGCAUUGUCUCUAGAAAGGUUGAACAAUGAGAAGCUUCUAAAUUUACAUAAGGUUGCAACACAAAACAAAGAUGUGCAGCUCGCUGACUUUAUUGAAAGCGAGUUUUUGGUGGGUCAGGUGGAAGACAUUAAAAAGAUCUCAGAAUAUGUAGCUGAAUUAAGAAGGCUAGGCAAAGGACAUGGAGUUUGGCACUUUGAUCAAAUGCUUCUUAACGGAGAAGUGGCUGCGUGA